AUCCCAGUGCUGGUCUCUCUGGUCCUUGAUGUUUCAAGCUUAUGCAGAACAAAAGAAGGACCUUCAUUUUCUUAUUUCUUUCAUUGGAAGACAUAUUUACAUGAUGAUGACCGAUGAUGGACGGGGUGAAUCGAGAUGUGUUUAGGCAGUUUAACGGCUUUCCUGUUCCUGUUUCUGCCUCGGUUACUGCUCAGAGGGACUUUGGCUUUGAUCUUCAUCCCAUAACCAGGACCCAGAACCUCAGCAUAAUUUCUGACUGGAGUCAGUGUGAGGUGGACAGAGGAGUCCGACUACAUUACUUCCAGCAGUGGGCUCUUCUGUGUAAUCGAAGGGCCGUGGAAAGCGUAGUGUCUCGUGGACCAUGCAUAAACACGCAUGGAGAGCUGCUUGUCAGUCACUCCCCUUCUGGAGCACGCCGAGCGGUUGUCCGGGAAACCAGCACACAUGUAGGACAUCAGUACCUGGAGGUGUGGGGCUACAGUGGACUGGAGGCGUGCUUGGACCUCGCAGCGCUCAACAAACAUGGAAAAGUCUAUGAAGAUGCACAGUUUGCAUGCCUAGCCUGGUCACCUUGCGAGGAAAGGUUACUGUAUGUGGCAGAGAAGAAGAGGCUGCGAUCAUCGGCACAACCGUCUUCUGCCAGUGAUGAUGCAGAUUCGAUGGUGUUUGAGGAAGAGGAUAAGAAUAUGUAUAUGGAAGACUGGGGUGAGGGUCUGGUUGGUAAAACUGCCUCAGUGUUGUGUGUAGCUGACCUGUCUAAAGGAGAUGUAACAGUUUGCCCCGGUGUGCCGCCUCAUCUGUCACCUGGGCAGGGCCUGUGGGCCGGGGACAGCGGGGGUGUGGUUUUCGUGGGCUGGUGGAAUGAGCCUUUCAGACUUGGCAUGAAGUUCUGUUCCAACCGGAGGUCGGCUCUGUUCUACACUGACCUGAAGGGGAGUUGUGAGCUGCUGUCAUCUGAUCUGGGAUCAGUGUCUAGUCCUCGGCUGAGUCCGGACUGCCUGUGGCUCGUCUAUCUGCAGGGACGAGCGUUCGGUCCACACCAUCAGUGCUUCUGCAUGAUGCUGUAUGACAUGCAGAACCAGACAAGCUCACUUUUGGUGGAUGUGGUGAGAAGAACAAAGGAAGGUCAGUUUGCAGGUGUGUAUGACUCACUGCCCCCACAUUGCUGGUCAUCAGACAGUGAGUGGAUCUUCUUCAGCAGUGCCUGUGAAAACAGAAAGUCAGUGUUCUCAGUGGAGAGACGUACUGGGAGAGUAACGCCUAUGUUGGGCGCUAAUGCAGGAUCAGCCGAGUUUGGGAGUGUCAAGCUCUUGACAAUUGUGAAAGACCUGAUGGUGAUCUGCUGCUCCUCUCCCAACCACCCCCCCUGCCUGAAAGUGGGCUUUGUGUCUAAUGGAGCCCAUCUUCAGAGUGAACAGUGGUUUCACCUGGGAGGGGCUGAGGUUAGUGAGAACUUUGGUUGGCAGUCUAUGAUAAUCGCACCCCCACCAGAAGAGGAAAAUCACCAGUUAUCUGGUGUGAAUUUUGGGGCAGUGCUACUGAAACCUGCCGGUUCCUCUAAGAGUGUGAUGUUUCCUCUAGUGGUCUUCAUACAUGGUGGGCCACAUUCCCAUUUCGCUGCUGAGUGGAAUGUUAAUGCUGCAUCUUUGACUAAGACGGGUUUUGCUGUCCUCAUGGUUAACUACAGAGGAUCCACAGGUUUUGGUCAAGACAGCAUUGAUUCUCUCCUCGGAAACAUCGGCAAUCAAGAUGUUAAAGAUGUGCAGAGGGCUGUGCUGCAUGUCCUGCAGAAUAACAAGACCCUUGAUCCUGAUAGGGUGGCUGUGAUGGGUGGGUCUCAUGGUGGAUUCUUGGCCUGUCACCUGAUUGGUCAGUAUCCAGAGUUCUACAGAGCAUGUGCAGCACGGAACCCCGUCAUCAAUGCAGCCACACUACUUGGAACCAGUGACAUCGUGGAUUGGAGAUAUUCCUCUGUUGGCCUGCAGUACUCCUUUGACCUGCUCCCUACUCCACAAGCCCUGACAGCCAUGCUUGAAAAGUCUCCUAUUGUGCAUGCGGCACAGAUCCGUGCACCAGUGCUCCUCAUGUUAGGUGGGAAAGAUAAGAGAGUCUCACCGUACCAAGGCCUGGAGCUUUACAAAGCUCUCAAGAGCAGAAACUCGCCUGUCAGGGUGUUGUGGUAUGAGGGUGAUGGCCAUUCCUUGUCAAACGUGGAAACUCAGGCUGACUGUUUUCUCAACAUGGCCCUAUGGUUCAAACAGCACUUAAAUGUGAAAUGAACACUUUCAAGACCAUACGUUGCUUAAAAAGUGUUUGAAACGGCCAACUGCCGGUGAAUGGAAAAGUCCUACAGCACCAUUGGGAAGAAUGCACAGUACUGUUCCUUACACACUGCAGGGAUACAGCAGCAUCAUUAAAAUUCUAAAAAGAAAACUUUUCUAAUCUACUAAUGGAGGAAAAGUUUGAAACCUCUGUUUUAGAUCAUUUUUGAACCACAACUUAAUUCAUAAAUCUGGUGACCAAUUGUCAUUAAAAGUAACCACUAGGUGGCAAACUUGACAUGAAUGAAACCCUGGUGAAGCUCAUCCAGAAUCGUAAAGCCAGCUGUAUUUGUCUGUUUCCAUCAAAUAAACAUGUAAGUACACUGCUGUAAAUAAUUUUGAACCUUGAAUUGAUUGACAGAUGGUGCCUGAUGGGAUACUGUACAGUGUUCUGAAACUUUGUGUUCUGGUGCUGAUCUGCAGGCUCUACACACACACACACACCCACCAAGACACAGACCUUCAAGAAAAACACCUUCACUAUUUACUCUCUGUUGUAUGUACAAGCUGAAUAAAGAACUGCAUCAUGUAAU